CAUGUGGUGAAACUUGUUGCGCGGUGGAAUGGAAGGUGGAAUUGUGUAUCAUAAGUGUCAGAAUACGUUAAGUGUAAUAAUUUGAAUUGUAGGUUAUCACAUUUAGAGGUGUGUAGUGUAUUUGUAAUUCGUUGUUUUUAUUUGUAAUUCUAAGAUGGCACUCGCAGAAGUUUAUUUAACAAAUGAUGUAUAUAUGGCUUGUCUUCAGUUAGCUUUAUCUACUGAGAAAGAAGAGGUUAUUUGUUUACUACUGGGAGAGACAAAAGAAGACAAAGGCAAGAAAACUGUGUACAUUUACUCAAUGAAAAUUCCCCAUCGAUUGGACAAGAAGAAGGACAGAGUAGAGAUAUCAAUAGAUCAGUUGCUUGCUACAAGAGACUAUGCAGAAAAGUUGUCUCAGCAACUGAAGAAGGAGGUCACGGUAAUAGGCUGGUUCCACUCCCACCCUCAUAUAACUGUGUGGCCCUCUCACGUAGAUGUUAACACCCAAGCCAACUACCAGACCAUGUCCGGAAGUUUUGUGGGCAUCAUCAGUUCUGUGUUUUCAGAGGACAAAACCACAAAGGAAUGUGAGGUAAACCUAACUUGUUUCCAAUCUGAGAGCAUCACCGAUGAUAGCGGCUCGAUGCGGUAUGUGCGCAAACCAAUCCCAUUUUUCGUUAUUGCCAACCCAGUUCCAGUUACUACGAUCAGCUGUUUAAAGACCAUUUGUGAUCUUCCCAAUAUUCUUCAUCAAGAAGAAGAAGACAAUUACAGAGAGUGUGCUGCAGAAAAUUCUGAUGUUUUGUGUUCUUUACACAAUGAAAUGUUGUUGACAAAAUCCUUGCUCCACAUUACCAACAAGAUUUCAAUUCCACUUUUGAAAACAUUGGAAUUGAGAGAGAGAAUCUUGAAACAACAGCUGAUUUACUUGAAGAAGUUCGAUGGGAAACUUCGCUCAGCUUUUGGAGGUUGCCAAGAAGGGAGUCCCAACUCUAAACACUAACCUUAGUUUAUUUUGUGUUUCAUAAAAAUUAUAUUUCUGUUUGAAUGGAGAUGAUUGUUGUUAUUGAAUACUGAUUCAAGAUUUGUUUCCUAACUAACCACCGAUAUUCAAUGGUAGUUCAGAUUGCAGAAAAUAUUGAGCUGCAAGAUUUAUUUUUUAUUAUCUUGUGUUUGUCAUACAUUGUUAGUUUCUGAACAAAAGUGGGGUUUUUGAUUGUAUUUAUACUUUUGUUUUUAAUUGUAAAUAUCUUAUCAGUCUGUAAAAAAUUACUACAAUAUUUUCCUCACUGUAAACAAUUGAAUUUUAUGUAAAUAUUAAAUGCAGUAUAUAGUUUAUUUAUGUAUAUUAAUUAUCUUAUAUGAUUUUUCAAAAUAAAAAAUUAUACAGAAGUG